AAUGCGUUUACUUUGGGAAAACCCGAAGAACAAAAGAGCUUGUGCGACAGGAAGAGAACAUCAAAGAUGUCUUCCUUCCUACACAGGACAGCAGCAUUGACAGCAAGACUUGUUAGAGAUGUAAUACACUAUCGUUCAUUCGGUGUCGGCAUGGCGCAAACACUGGCAUGCACCGGCCCCAUCGUGACCAAGCCAAAAUGAAUGCAACUGGGCAAAUGCCGGCCAUGAACGAAACAGACUCUGCGCCGACGGAGCUUUUACCGACAUCAACGACCUCGCCACCCCUCUUCGACCAGGGGGGCGAAGAGUCCAACCCGAGGUACUGGAACGGCAUUCUGGUGCUGGUGUUCAUGCUGGCCAACGUAGUGGGCAAUGGUCUGGUCAUCAGCGUCUAUUUCUUCUCCAUCAAGAAAAACCUAUUCUCCUUCUAUGUGGUGGUGUUGGCGGUGCUGAACCUGGUGACUGCCUUUACCACAAUGUUGUUUGACGUGAUCGUCAAGACCACAGUGCUGGACGCUGAGGACAUCGUGAUGGUGUCCAUGUGCAAGUUCUCUCACUUCCAAGUCUACACCAAUCACAUGCUCUGUGGCUUCAUUCUCACACUCAUAGCCCACCAGCGAUACAAAAAGGUUUGCCAACCCCACGAGGCAAGCAUAAAAAUUAAUAAGGCAGCCUGUCUUCUACUAUGUGCGGGUGCCCUGUUUGCUUUCAUCUGCCUGCCCUCCCUGGUGGUGCACUCCACCCAACGGAUACAGCUUAAGUACGGAGACCAAGUGGUCAGGGUGGUCAUAUGCAGGAUCGCCAAGAAAUAUGACCACAGCGCCAUUCAAGCCGUUUUGUCCAGUCUGCUGACUAUAGCCUUUGUGGUUGUCCUGCUCGUCACGGUGACCUAUUACGUCCACAUAACGAGAGCACUCCGAAACAUAGACCUGCCCUUCGGCGAGCGUGUUGCCACCCCGGUCAAAAGCGACAGUAGCCCUCAGAGAAAAGAAGACUUGCCCGAACAGCCUCCGGGCCCGGUCCAGGAGUGGAAGGUACCGGCCAGCGAGUCCAGCUACAGCAUAUCCCAGCACACCUUCAGGAUAUUCGUGGUGGUCACCAUUGUCUUCACCAUCAGUUACGUGCCACACCUGGCCGUGCUGGCCUUGCUCAACAUUUACCACAUGGACACUGAGGUAAUGACCAGCAUGAAGAGGUUCUUCCUGGAGCUGGCCUACAAUUCCCCUUACAUCAGCACCGUGUCCAACCCAGUCAUCUACGGGUUCGCGCGGGAGGAGUUCCGGCAACAGUGCUUGCAACUGAUCACACUCCAAAAAUACAGAGCGAGAAGAUCCUACUUUUAGACUGAGAAGAUCCUACUUUUAGACCAAGAAGAUCCUACUUUUAGACCUAGAAGAUCCUACUUUUAGACCAAGAAGAUCCUACUUUUAGACCAAGAAGAUCCUACUUUUAGACCGAGAAGAUCCUACUUUUAGACCUAGAAGAUCCUACUUUUAGACCGAGAAGAUCCUACUUUUAGACCAAGAAGAUCCUACUUUAGACCAAGAAGAUCCUACUUUUAGACCGAGAAGAUCCUACUUUUAGACCGAGAAGAUCCUAUUUUUAGACCAAGAAGAUCCUAUUUUUAGACCAAGAAGAUCUUACUUUUAGACCAAGAAGAUCCUAUUUUUAGACCUAGAAGAUCCUACUUUUAGACCAAGAAGAUCCUACUUUUAGACCAAGAAGAUCCUAUUUUUAGACCAAGAAGAUCCUACUUUUAGACCAAGAAAAUCCUACUUUUAGACCGAGAAGAUCCUACUUUUAGACCAAGAAGAUCCUACUUUUAGACCAAGAAGAUCCUACUUUUAGACCAAGAAGAUCCUACUUUUAGACCAAGAAGAUCCUACUUUUAGACCGAGACAAAGGGCCAAGUUUUAACGUGGCACACAGACAGGUUUUGAUUGGGCAACGAUGCACAUACCUGUUCCGAUAACAUUUUUUCGACAAGCUCAAUCCACUUAUAUGUGUUCACGUGUGCUACCCAAAUGAUUGUGAGAGCCACUGCAAGUGAUCGUGAGAGCCACUGCUAGUGAUCGUGAGAGCCACUGCAGAAUGUAACAGCUAAAUCAGUAUUGGACAUGACUAGUUUUUUGACCAAAGAUUUCUACACCCUUUUUUUUUCUUUGAACAUCAGCUAAAUCGGAUGUGUAAGGCACACCACAAUGUUUAAGUUUGACCAGUGGUCAUUGACCACUAUAUGCUACAGACAGCAAAACUAUUAAAUUACUUGAAAGAUUA